AUGGUGAACCAGGUGAACCAGCUCGGGAAGAGCUUUUACAUUCGGACCGAACACAGACCUGCCGCUUUCCCGUCCAAAUGCAAGGUAACGACGGCUGAUCAACCGCUUGGUAUAGUUUACAAAUAUGAACAGGGUAAUACAAGUCAUCCUACGCACAUUUCUGAUGCGGAACAAGGACGAGACAUCCAAAAGUGGUCGAAUCGUCUCCACGGGGUCGCCUCUGCUUUGAAUGACCAUGUCCAAAAUGAAGCCAUAUCCCGGAACCCAGACAUGCUACGGGUCGUCUUGAAUGUUACUGCUGCCUACGCACUCAAUUCUCGAGUGGACUCUACCGUCAAAGAAAGCUUUUAG